UGGCCAUACGGUUAAAAUUGAAAUCCGUUUGUUUAUUCUCUGCAACAUUGAAUCAAAAUCAAAAACCCUCCUUCUUUCCCCUCCCAAAACCCUAGCUACUGGCUACUGAGGAUUCCUCUAUCUAGCCGAGUACAGUUCAACGGUUUUUAUCCUAUUUUAGAUAUUUAAUUCAAAUUCCGAUGCGCAAUUAGGGUUAGCCAUUGUUCGAUUUCAGGCUCUUUUUCUUUUCUUGUUUUUGAUAGGUUUUUUGAAAGCUAGGCCAGACAAUCAAUCAAUGGAUUAUGAUUAUGGGCAACAGCGGAUGCAAUUUGGAGACAAAAUAUUGGCUUAUAAUGGCGAAGAAGAAGACUAUUAUUAUGACAAUACUCAACAAAAACAGCAAAUGGGCGGUGCAGGCAACGCUAGAAAGCAAUCCCUAAGUCAUCACAAUCGCGACUCUUCUUCUUCCUUCCCAGGAAAACUCUUUGUUGGUGGCGUCUCAUGGGAAACUACUGAAGAGACAUUCAUGGAUUACUUCAGCAAGUAUGGAGAAAUCACCGACUCUGUAAUCAUGAUGGAUAGACAUUCUGGAAGGCCAAGAGGAUUUGGAUUUGUAACAUUUGCUGACCCAGUAGUUGCUAAUAGGGUUUUGGAGGAAGACCACGUUAUAGAUGGCAGAGCAGUUGAAGUGAAGAGGACAGUUCCAAGGGAGGAUAUGGACGUUAAAGGGGUUAUAAGAGCCAAGAAAAUAUUUGUUGGUGGAAUACCACCUGCUCUAACUGAAGAUGAGUUAAAGGAGUACUUUUCUGUUUAUGGAAACAUUGUUGAGCACCAGAUUAUGCUGGAUCAUAAAACUGGACGGUCUAGGGGCUUUGGUUUUGUCACUUUUGACAGUGAAGAUUCUGUUGAACAGAUCUUCUCAGAGGGCAGGGCACAUGAACUUGGAGGUAAACAGGUGGAAAUAAAGAAGGCUGUACCAAAAAGAAAUGGUGGUGAUUACGGCUCUGCUGCAAAGCCUCAUUCUGGAUUCAGCGAUGGUGCUGGCCAUGGUUUGGGAGAUCUGUAUGGUGGGAAAAUCGGCGGAGGGUAUGGCAUGUAUAAUGGAUAUGGUGGCUACAAUGGUUAUGGAGCUUAUGGGGCCUAUGGAAGCAGCAAUGGUUUUUAUGGUGGAUAUGGUUAUGGGUUUGGUUUUGGUGGGCCCAUGAUGUUUGGUAGCAGUGGAUAUGGAGGCAGUGGUUACGGUGCCCCUAGUGGCUAUGGCGCCACUGCUGGAUAUGGUGGUGGUAAAGUCUACGGAAGAAGCAGUGAUACUGGUAGUUUUGGCACUGGUAAGGGAUAUGGAAAUGGAACCGGUGGUGCCUUACAUGGUGGUCAUGGCAGUAGCAAGGGGUACGGAGGCAGUGAGAAUGGUGGUAGUGCUGUUACAGCGAGGUACCAUCCUUACCACAAGUGAAGGGAAUUUUUUAACUUGGCAUCAAAUUCCCAGCCUGUUGUUUGAUAUGAAAGAUUUUCUUUGCAUGCCAAGUCAAGAGUAGGUUGUUUCCAUAGAGUUGCUGCAUAUUCAGUUAUUGCCGACCUCCUUAUCUAAUUGUGUGAGGUUGUGACUCGGUGAUAGAAUGGAUUUUGUAAUGUGAAAAAGAAAAAUUACAGUAUAGUUUUGAAUUUUGCAGUGCUUGUACUUAGGAUAAUUGGUUUCUUUUAUGGAGUGGGAAAUUGAGAUUUAGAGAAGGAACAACCAAACAAAAGGGUCUAAUGUUUAACCUGUGUAACAUAUAUCAUUGUGCACUAUGGUUUGAUGAUUAGUAUUGCACAUAUUCAUAAAGGAAACUAUGAUGCGAUGCAAA